UUAACCUAGAUGACAAAAAUGGCGAUCUUGUUUCGAGUGAUGCGUUAGCCGCGAUUGUGGUAAUGCCAGUUAGGCGCCGAUAAAAUUCUCACGUUACGGUACAGUAAAACUACCGCAAGCCCGGUAACUUCUUCGCGAAUGUGCAAUGUGCACAAAAGUUUCGCGAAUAGCAUCUGCGUGCCAAACGAGUGUUCAACCGUACGAUACCCGACCUUCUUCUUCUCGCUCAAUGGGAAUGGCAAUGAGCCGCGUAGAUUUUCUCAAAGCCUCGUAGAGAAGUAAUUCGUCCUUCUAUGACGGAGGCUGGAAAUAGGUUGUCGAUGAUGUUAUGAAUCAGCCUUGCGAUUGAAUUGCAGUUAUGUUUAUGAUUAUACGAAUGUUUUUGUAUAAAGUAUAACAUAAUUUUAUGAAUCGAUAUAGUGUAACUUUUAAUUUUGUAAAUUGAUAAAAUUCGAACAAAAUGGAGGAUUAUUUCAUUAGUAGAAGUUGUGCUGAUUAUUAAGUAAAAUGUUACUAAUUAUUUGCAUGGUGUAUGAUAUAUUAUGAUGUCUUCAAAGUCUUUUCGAUGAGACUCAGUGGAAGUAGGAUAUCAUUGAAUCAAUAAUUUAUGGUUAAUGUAAUAUAAUAAUACAAUAUUAUACUACUUUGAUGAUUGGUAAUAGAUGUAGUGAAUCAAUUUAUAAUUAAAUUUAUUGGAAUAAUGCUAAUUAUUGAGAUUUCUUAAAGAAUAACGAAGAAUAUGUAAAGGGUGUCAAAUAUAAAUGAAUAUGUAAUUUAAUAUAAUGCUCGUUAAUAUGUGGAACAUUCUAAUUAAUAAUCUUAAGUAAAUCAGGGCAUGAGAUUGCGAGCAAGAUAAAAAGUUUAGAACAAUAUAUAUAUUAAAUUAUCUACGUAACGGAAGAAGGAUAAUCAACGGAAGAACUACUAAUCGUUCAAUUUUAAAUGUUGCCGGAGGCAAAGCUCCUAUGCAAUCGAGCACCUCGGAGGGUGGAAUUCCACAGCGUGCGGUGGAUGGCAGCAGUGGACAAAUUUACACCCCUCAAACUUGCACCCUUACCAGACCAGAGCACAGACCCUGGUGGUACGUGAACCUGCUUGAACCCUAUAUGGUACAAUUGGUACGACUUGACUUUGGUAAACCGUGUUGCGGCGACGAUAUACCAGGAACAAUCGUGGUUCGUGUCGGGAACAAUCGGCCGGACUUGGGAACGAAUCCAAUUUGCAAUCGUUUCACCGGCCCUCUCGAAGAAGGCCAACCUCUUUUCCUACCCUGCAAUCCUCCUAUGCCAGGAGCUUUCGUUUCCGUGCAUUUGGAGGCAAACACACCGACACCAAUCCCAGUCCAACUCUCUUUGUGCGAGGCUUUCGUGUAUACCGAUCAGGCACUUCCUAUUGAGAGAUGUCCACAAUUCAGAGAUCAGCCACCAGGUUCAACAGCAACUUAUAAUGGAAAGUGUUAUAUAUUCUAUAAUCGGCAACCAAUGAUAUUCAGGGAGGCGUUAUCGUUCUGUCGUGCACGAGGUGGAACUUUAGUGGAUGAAAGCAAUCCUGCGUUGCAAGGAUUUAUUUCAUGGGAAUUGUGGAGGAGGCAUAGGAGCGACACCUCGAGUCAAUACUGGAUGGGUGCAGUGAGAGAUCAGAAGGAUCGCACGGUUUGGAGAUGGACAGGAAGCGGCGAGGAGGUAUCCGUUUCUUUCUGGAGCUUGCCUCAAGGAACAGAAGAGGAUUGUGCUCGAUACGAUGGUAGCAGAGGUUGGCUUUGGUCUGAUACUCCUUGCACGGCUCGAUUAAAUUUCAUCUGUCAACACCAACCACGAGCAUGUGGUCGACCAGAACAGCCGCCGAAUUCCACUAUGACGGUGACCACAACCGCAGAUCGGAAUUCCGGAAGUGCAUACGAAGUUGGCGCGACCGUAGAAUAUACCUGUAACGCUGGCAGCCUUCUUAUAGGACCGUCCACUCGCACUUGUCUCGACACUGGCUUCUACAACGAGUUUCCACCUGUGUGCAAAAGCAUCGAGUGCGGUUACCCAGCAAACAUAAAACACGGAGGCUACACACUUAUCAACAAUACCGUUACUUAUCUCAGUCAGGUGCUUUAUUCCUGCGAUGAAGGAUUCGAGAUGACUGGUCGUGCAAGAUUAACUUGUGAUAUCGAUGAGCGUUGGAAUGGACCACCGCCGCGUUGUGAACCAAUCCUAUGCGACCCUCCAACACCGGUGCCGCACAGUUAUAUUCAAAUCGAUGAAAUCGACGAAACCGAAACAAUGCCAUCGAAAUCGAGCUUCAAUCGAAGUCUUCUCGUAGGCAGUAUCGUCACUUAUACUUGUGAAAAGAAUUAUAGACUCACUGGGCACCGACAAAUAUUAUGUUUACCCACUGGAUUGUACGAUCACAUCGCACCCACCUGCAUAGAGGAACCACGCACCACGGUGACCGCCCCACCUCGAAUAACUGUAAGAACAACGACCGCCAGAACACGGCAACCAUUCUUACCGCCACGAGUUCGACCUACGACAAUCUCGACGACCACAACCACGACCACCACCUCUGUACCACCUCGAAGAGUGGCCAGCACCGCUGAAUUACCCGCGACGGUUCGCGAGACUAUCGCGAGGAAACCGAAUGUGGGUCUUCAGAGGCCAGCACCUCCUCCUUCGCCACCUUUGAACGACGAUAGCAGUGAUCAUCCUCAGGACAAUGAGAUUUCGGGCAGUGGGGUGGAUAAUGCACAAGUUGGGAUUGGAACCGGUGUUCCAGAACCUUCUGGACCCUACAGGGUGGACAAUGCCGACCACACGAGUAACACUCAUCAAGCGAAAUUAAAUCUAGGCGCUGUGAUCGCCUUGGGUGUCUUCGGUGGUUUCGUAUUCCUAGCCGCUGUAAUCACCACCGUUGUAAUACUUAUACGCAGAAAUCGUGGUAGAAGCAGCAAGCAUUAUCGGCAUCGUGCAUCUCCUGAUUGCAACACUGUAGCCAGCUUUGGAAGCAGUUCGUCCGAAAGUCGAGGAGGUUUGAACCGAUACUACCGUCAAGCUUGGGAGAAUCUGCAUGAAACGGCUGGUCAUAAGACCAAUCAUCCUCCUCUUCGUCGUAAGGAGACCCUGGAUGAACCAGGAUAUCGAGAAAAUUACCGUGGUAACAACACCGAGAGAGAUGGCUCGGAAUUAGUUGUGAGCGAUGUAGCCACAUAUCCUACCAGUAAGCACGCCAGCAUCUCCGACAAGAAACGCCAUCAUCAUCAUCAUCAUCAUCACCACGGUAACUCUACGCCUGAGUGGAGGCAGUCCCAGUCCCAUCACAGAUAUUGAGUACCGGAUCUGUUAUUUAAGAUCCUAUAUUUUUUUCUUGAGAUUUUCAGUGAAUCGAUAACUGUGACGAGUUGCUGCUGUUAGAUCAUGAGUAAGCGAUUUUUUAAUGUUUUACGAAUGGUAAUACAAUGAGGAAUAAUGAUGGUUUUAUGUUGAGAAAUAAGUGAAGUAUGCAAUGUUGUAAAAUUUUUAUCAAUGUGAUUUUUAAAUUUAUUUUUAAAUAAGUGUGUAAUACUUUUGUUUGAAUUUUAAUUUUUUAAUUUUUAUUUUAAUUUUAAUUUCUGGAUAAUUGUGAUAAUAUUUGCAUGUACAAAUUAUUAAAUCAGAAAUUUUUUUAGAUAUUUAGUUUUAAUUUUUAAAUAAUUUUUAAAUAUUUCCUAGUUCACAAUCUCAUUUAUCUCAAAAUAUUUUUGAGAUAGAUAAUUGAAACUCAAAUUGUAAUUAAAAAAACUUUUUUUUUUAUAUAAAAUUAGCAUUUACUUCAUUAUGCCAUCAUUUAUGAAAUUGUAAUUCCAAUUUGUAACUCCAAAUAGAAUUUAAAGGAACGUGGUGAAUCAAACGUUGUGUAGAAGAAUUUUAAAACGUGAUUGAUAGAUAAAAAUGUUUAUUGUUCUAUUAUACAGUAAAUCAUUUACAAAUAUCUUAUUACAUAAUGUAAAUAUCGUAUAUUACAGUAGCGUAAGUUAAUGAUGCAAGUUGUGAAUAAGAAGGAUCAUAAGUUGAUCAAAGGAUAUGCCAAAAAAAUGAGAAUAAUAUAUAUAUAUAUAUUUAUAUAUAAAAUUACCGAUUAAACGAAUUCUAAUAUAAAUUAUUAUAUGAAUGUUUAAUUACAAUAUUAAGAAUGGUAUUAAUUUACAAAAAUUAUAUUCGAUAAGAUCAAUAUCUGUUAUGGGUAUCUUGGCCUCGCCUUAAAAAGAUUAAACAAAUUUCUCAUAAUAAAUCGACAUUUAAAAAUGAUAUCAUUAAGGAAAGGCCGACGUUAUCCAUUUCAGAAUCAAAAUUUAUUUAGAUACGGUGCUCGUUCUAAGACAAGCUACGUGUAAAACGUUAUGUAAAAUCUGUUCUAUAUAUAUUUUAAUUAAUUAUUUAUAUUUAAUAUUAUUUUAACAAGUUAAACAUUUUUUCCCAUAUUCGUCUGGAAUAAAACAUACAUAAUUAAUAAA